UUAGCAACCCUGUUUCUCCCUCUCGCGGGGAACGAAGGAAAUACAUGAGAUAUAAAGGGGAACAACUUCAUAGCGAGUACGUCAUUUAACGACUUCGAUUAUAAUUGCUAAUCGGGCACCGACCGACUGAUUGAUUGCAUGUGACGACGAAUGAGACUAUCACUGGACAUUGGCACCAAAGCAUUGUUUCCAUCAGAGAACAUCGUCAAUAUUCAUCACCUUUUCAAGACUGAAAGAAAAUGUUGUACAGAACAGAUUGAAGAACUCCAAAGAAUUCCAGUGAAAUAUUUCUUCUCAACUGAGAUUGGUAGCAACAUUUCUCUUCAGAUAACAAAAAGGAUUACAGUUGAUGAAAACAGAGCAGUAGAAAUAUUUACUAGGAACAAGCUGUCGGGGAAUAACAAAAACUGUAUCCACGUGUGUUGUGGUGAUUGAAGUAAGAUAAGGGACAAACAUUAUUAAAAAUAAUUGAAGAAUAUAUGUUUAUUCUGAAGAGAUGUCACAAGAGAAACCACAAUUAUAUCAUUGUGACAUCUGUAAAAAGACUUUCAGUCAUAAAUGUAAUCUAACCACUCACAGGCGUAUUCAUACAGGAGAGAAGCCAUUUCACUGUGAUAGCUGUGGUAAAUCAUUCUCUACAAGCAGCUAUUUAACUACUCAUAAUCGUAUUCAUACAGGAGAGAAGCCAUUUCAUUGUAAUAUCUGUGGCAAAUUAUUCACUGCACGCAAUGACUUAACUAAACACAGACGCAUUCAUACAGGAGAGAAGCCAUUUUUCUGUGAUAUCUGUGGGAGAUCAUUCUCCAGAAAUAGCAGUUUAACAACUCACAAACGUAUUCACACAGGGAAGAAGCCGUUUCACUGUGAUGUUUGUGGUAAAUCAUUCGCUGCGAACAAUAGGUUAACAAAACACAAGUUUCUUCAUACAGGAGAAAAGCCCUUUCACUGUAAUAUCUGUGAUAAAUUAUUCACUACAAGUACUGAUUUAACUCAACACGUACGUAUCCAUACAGGAGAGAAGCCCUUUCACUGUAAUAUCUGUGGUAAAUUUCUCAGUACAAGCAGUUCUUUGACAGAACACAUACGAAUUCAUACAGGGGAGAAGCCCUUUCGCUGUAAUAUCUGUGGUAAAAAAUUCUCCGCAAGCAGUUCUUUAACUAAGCACAGACACAUUCAUACAGGGAAGAAGCCGUUUUGCUGUGAUAUCUGUGGUAAAUCAUUCUCUUACUAUAGUAUCUUAACUGUUCAUGAACGUAUUCACACAGGGGAGAAGCCAUAUCACUGUGAUAUCUGCGGUGAAUCAUUCUCUCUAAACAAAAGUUUAACUAGACAUAUAUCUGUUCAUAAAAAAGUGUGAUUAUGUCAUAAUCAAAAUUCUUUGCAUCUCUUAACAA